AUCCCGGAAGCAGAGCUGGGCAGCGGAGGCGCCGCCGCGGAGCCGCCAUAGAGCCACCGCCCCCUCGCCGCUUUGCCGCUGCGUUGGGAAACCUGGACCGCUGCGGCGCCAGGUUGCCCUCAUGAUCCCGGGCGGGCGGCGGCGGCGGCGGCGGCAGAGGCGGCGGGAGGAUGACCUCUUACAGGGAGCGGAGUGGCGACCUGGCUCGUUUCUACACUGUCACUGAGCCCCAGCGACACCCGAGGGGCUACACAGUAUAUAAGGUCACCGCCCGGGUUGUUUCACGAAGAAAUCCAGAGGAUGUCCAGGAGGAAGAAUCCUGAACCAACCUAUCCAUGAACAUACUCUCUGCCAUUUUCUUAAUCCUUUUUUCGGGAAAACUCUUUUAUAAUAACAACUGUUGGUGAACCAUUCAUCAGAAAACUCUUAUAAUUGUGUGGAAGAGAUACAGUGAUUUUAAGAAACUACACAAAGAACUAUGGCAAAUUCACAAAAACUUAUUCCGACAUUCAGAAUUGUUUCCUCCAUUUGCUAAAGGAAUAGUGUUUGGGCGAUUUGAUGAAACUGUUAUUGAAGAGAGAAGACAGUGUGCUGAAGACCUGCUACAGUUCUCUGCCAAUAUUCCUGCUCUUUACAAUAGCAAACAGCUUGAAGAUUUUUUCAAGGGUGGAAUAAUUAAUGAUAGUUCUGAAUUAAUUGGUCCUGCUGAAGCUCACUCAGAUUCCCUCAUUGAUACCUUUCCUGAGUGUAGUACAGAAGGCUUCUCCAGUGACAGUGAUCUGAUAUCUCUUACUGUUGAUGUGGAUUCUCUUGCUGAGUUAGAUGAUGGAAUGGCUUCCAAUCAAGAUUCUCCCAUUAGAACUUUUGGUCUCAAUCUUUCUUUGGAUUCUUCAGCACUAGGAGCUGUUGCUUCUGAGAGUGAACAGAACAAAACAGAAGAACGGGAAAGUCGUAGCCUCUUUCCUGGCAGUUUAAAACCCAAGCUUGGCAAGAGAGAUUAUUUGGAGAAAGCAGGAGAAUUAAUAAAGCUGGCUUUAAAAAAGGAAGAAGAAGACGACUAUGAAGCUGCAUCUGAUUUUUAUAGGAAGGGAGUUGAUUUACUCCUAGAAGGUGUUCAAGGAGAGUCAAGCCCUACUCGUCGAGAAGCUGUGAAGAGAAGAACAGCUGAGUAUCUCAUGCGGGCAGAAAGUAUCUCUGGUCUUUAUGGGAAACCUCAACUUGAUGAUGUAUCUCAGCCUCCAGGAUCACUAAGUUCAAGGCCCCCUUGGAACCUAAGAAGCCCUGCCGAGGAGCUGAAGGCCUUCAGAGUCCUUGGGGUGAUUGACAAGGUUUUACUUGUAAUGGACACAAGGACAGAACAGACCUUCAUUUUAAAAGGUCUAAGGAAAAGCAGUGAAUACAGCAGGAACAGAAAGACCAUCAUCCCCCGCUGUGUGCCCAACAUGGUGUGUCUGCAUAAGUACAUCAUCUCUGAGGAGUCGGUAUUUCUUGUGCUGCAGUAUGCGGAAGGUGGCAAACUGUGGUCAUAUAUCAGUAAAUUUCUAAACAGAAGUCCUGAAGAAAGUUUCGACAUCAAGGAAGUGAAAAAAUCUACACUUGCAAAAAUUCACCUGCAACAGCCAGCUUCUAGUCCUCAGGACAGCAGUAGCUUUGAAUCCAGAGGAAGUGAUGGUGGAAGCAUGCUUAAAGCUCUGCCUUUGAAGAGUAGUCUUACUCCAAGUUCUCAAGAUGACAGCAACCAGGAAGAUGAUGGCCAAGAUAGCUCUCCAAAAUGGCCAGAUUCUGGUUCAAGUUCUGAAGAAGAAUGUACUACUAGUUAUUUAACAUUAUGUAAUGAAUAUGGGCAAGAAAAGAUUGAACCAGGGUCUUUGAAUGAGGAGCCCUUCAUGAAGACUGAAGGGAAUGGUGUUGAUACUAAAGCUAUUAAAAGCUUCCCAACAUACCUUGCUGCUGACAGUGACAGCCCCAGCACACAGCUGAGAGCUCACGAGCUGAAGCUCUUCCCCAACGAUGACCCAGAAGCAGUUAGUUCUCCAAGAACAUCAGAUUCCCUCAGUAGAUCAAAAAAUAGCCCCAUGGAAUUCUUUAGGAUAGACAGUAAGGAUAGUGCAAGUGAACUCCUGGGACUUGACUUUGGAGAAAAAUUGUAUAGUCUAAAAUCAGAACCUUUGAAACCAUUCUUUACUCUUCCAAAUGGAGACAGUGCAUCUAGGAGUUUUAAUGCUAGUGAAAGCAAGGUAGAGUUUAAAGCUCAGGACACCAUUAGCAGGGGCUCAGAUGACUCAGUGCCAGUUAUUUCAUUUAAAGAUGCUGCUUUUGAUGAUGUCAGUGGUACUGAUGAAGGAAGACCUGAUCUUCUUAUAAAUUUACCUGGUGAAUUGGAGCCAACAAGAGAAGCUGCAGCAAUGGGACCUACUAAGUUUACACAAACUAAUACAGGGAUAAUAGAAAGUAAACUCUUGGAAACCCCUGAUGUUUUAUGCCUCAGGCUUAGUACUGAACAAUGCCAAACACAUGAGGAGAAAGGCAGGGAGGAACUGAGUGAUCCCUCUGGGCCCAAAUCCCAUAGUAUAACAGAGAAACACUAUGCACAGGAGGAUCCCAGGAUGUUAUUUGUAGCAGCCGUUGAUCAUAGCAGUUCAGGAGAUACGUCUUUGUUACCCAGCUCAGAUCCUAAGUUUCAAGAACUUGGAGUAGUGGAGUCAGCAGUAACUGCAAACAACACAGAAGAAAGCUUAUUCCAUAUUUGCAGUCCACUCUUAGGUGCUAAUGAAUAUAUUGGAAGCACAGACACUUUAAAAACAGAAGAAGUAUUGCUGUUUACAGAUCAAACUGAUGAUUUGGCUAAAGAGGAACCAACUUCUUUAUUCCAGAGAGACUCUGAGACUAAGGGAGAAAGUGGCUUAGCGCUAGAAGGAGACAAGGAAAUACAUCAGAUUUUUGAGGACCUUGAUAAAAAAUUAGCACUAACCUCCAGGUUUUACAUCCCAGAGGGCUGCAUUCAAAGAUGGGCAGCUGAAAUGGUGGUAGCCCUUGAUGCUUUACAUAGAGAGGGAAUUGUGUGCCGCGAUUUGAACCCAAACAACAUCUUAUUGAAUGAUAGAGGACACAUUCAGCUAACGUAUUUUAGCAGGUGGAGUGAGGUUGAAGAUUCCUGUGACAGCGAUGCCAUAGAGAGAAUGUACUGUGCCCCAGAGGUUGGAGCAAUCACUGAAGAAACUGAAGCCUGUGAUUGGUGGAGUUUGGGUGCUGUCCUCUUUGAACUUCUCACUGGCAAGACUCUGGUUGAAUGCCAUCCAGCAGGAAUAAAUACUCACACUACUUUGAACAUGCCAGAAUGUGUCUCUGAAGAGGCUCGCUCACUCAUUCAACAGCUCUUGCAGUUCAAUCCUCUGGAACGACUUGGUGCUGGAGUUGCUGGUGUUGAAGAUAUAAAAUCUCAUCCAUUUUUUACCCCUGUGGAUUGGACAGAACUGAUGAGAUAAACGUAAUGCAGGGUUAUCUUCACACAUUCUGAUCUCCGUGACAGGCAUCUCCAGCACUGAGUCACCUCGGCGUCACAGUCACUUAUGGAGCACCAAAGCAUUUGGAUAAGGACCAUUAGAGGAAAUGGGGGGGAAAUGGCUAAAAGAGAACAAUUUGUUUACAAUUACUAGAUAUUAGCCAAUUUUGUGAGAGGCGGUUAUAUACAUAUCUUCAACCAAGGUGUGAUCUGAAUUUAAUCCACAUUCGGUGUUGCAGAUGAGUUGUAAUGCCAACUGAAAGAGUUCUUCAAGAAGUUCCUCUGAUAGGAAGCUGUGAGUGUAGAAUAAUGUUUUACUUGAAAGAAGGACCUUUACAUGGCAGCUAACAGUGCUUUUUGCUGACCAGGAUUGGUUUAUAUGAUCAAAUAAAUAUUUGCUUAAUAAUACACUAAAAGUACUUCAUGAAUAAUGUUAUCAAUGCAGCUUAAAAGUGAGGGAAAAAAAGAGAAUAUACAUAUAAUUUCUGAUGGAAAACCUGUACCCUGAUGCUGUGUAAUUAAUGUAUGUUGAAUGUGGUCCCGGAUUAUUUCUGUGCGAAGACACUCCAUGUUGUCAGCUUUGUACUCUUGGUUGAUACUACUUAUUUAGAGAAUGGUUCAUAUAAACUCACUCUGCGUCUUCAACAGCAUCUUUCUUUCACCAUCUUUCCAUUUUCUGCACCCUCUGCUUGUUCCUUCAUAUUCCAUUCUUCCUACUCCUGCUAACACACAUGCAACAAAAAAGGGAAGGAAGUUCUUAUUUUUCCAAAUUGUGUGAGGACUAAGAAAUCAUGAUGUCAGAUAAACAUGGUGAAACAUUAGAUCUCUUCUUCUUUUAAUAUCCCCCCCAAUUUUUUUUAAAGAAAUGCCUCUGUUCCUUUCCUUGUGAAAUAUUAUCCAUUUCUACCAUUGCUUCUUAUGCUUGACUUUGUUUUAUUUUUUGGCUUGGAAUACUAAGAAGCAAAGGAUUUCAUCUAAAUGGAAUUGAAUGGCAGUCCUAGUUGUUACUUAUGGUGAUAAGAUUCUCAGAUUUGAACUAACCUAUUUGACAUGAUGUAGAAAGAAUGUAAGUAUUCACACAUCUCCAAACAUUUGUAUUCGUUACUUCUUUCUGUUGCUAAGGUAGCUCCUGUAGUUAUGCAUUGUUGCAAAAAUGUACAAUUGUUUUAAAAGUGUUAAUGUCUGUUUUUUUUUUUAAACUGUAGACAAAGAAGAAGUCACUAUUUCCAAGUUAGAAACCACCAGAAAUAAUAGAAAUUUUUGAAGUGUUUUAAUUUUCUUUGUAUUUUUGAGAUCUGGGUGAGAGCCCACCCCCACUCCAGGAGCAUCUGUACAACUACCAUCUGCCAUCAACCAGGUCCUCCCAUCUAAUUAAAUGGAACAGAAAAUGCUCUAGUGAAACAAAGGAAAUGUGUAAGCAUUUUCCCUUUUUCUUUUUGUUUUUUCUAUUAUUCUACUUCCCUUUUUCCUUUUUGGCCCCCUUAUAACCCAAACCCCAGCUGAAAGGCUACAACAACACCAGGUUGGGGAACAGGUCACCAGGAUCAUAGUUCAGUCAAGAUGACAUCACUCCCUGGAACUAGAUUUCAACUCACUAGUCCCCGGGCCUCAUAACAGGAACUUAUGCAGGUGAGACACAAGAAUGACUUCCUGUGUAGGACUAGUAGGAAAUCUGCAAGUACUUAGAGCUGGCCAUUACAGAACUUCCUUCCAGAAAUGCCCUGUGACAUGAAAGUAGGACUUCACAGCUAAGGUGAAGAUCCUGUCCUACCACAUGAUUUGAGUCUCUUGGAUUCAAAGGACAUUAAUGUCAACAGAUGGUUGCUAUGUCAGUUUGUUGACACAAUUGCAUUGCUUCAGUUUCUCUCCCUUUCUCUCUGUAUGUUUGGUUGGAGCUUGUGCUUAAUGUAAAUACAUCAUUCAUAAUUAUAAUGGACGUGAAUUAUUUUAGUAAUAAACACAGGAUAACUGGCUUUGGAGUGAUGAA